AUGGAUAAUACCAACCUCCCCUCCCAGCCUCCCAACUCUCCCGCCGAGUCUCGCGGCUCGAUUUCAUCUGAGGAUGCACCAAGCGGUGCCCUCGUUUUCCUCGUGGGCCCCGCCCAAGAAGAGAUCCUCGUGGACGUGACGGGUCUCCGCGAAGCCUUGUCCGUCUUUGCGGAACUCCUGGCGCCCCACGCCAUGGAAAUGCAAGGCAUUUCCUACCCCGGUUUUGGCUUUGCUUCCCCUCUUCCCCGGGAGAUUGCUCUCCCUGAUGACGACGCUUUCGCCAUGAAAGCAAUCAUUUACGCCCUCGCUUUCCCCGGCCGGUUCAUCCGGCCCGCCACCCCCGCCGACCCUGCGCCUGGCCCGAGUGUGAGGGAGUUUCUCCACCUCGCGGUGGCUAUCAAGAAGUACAAGUUGCAGGACAACUGGUUUGUGCCGUGGCCUCGCUGGUUCGAGGCGGCUAUUGACAAGGUCAAGGCGAACGGAACGGCCCAGGAGAUGGUCUGGUUGGUCGCUGCUGCUUGGCAGCUGGGACAGAGAAGACGGUUUGCGGAGCUUGGCUUGGACUUGAUGGUCAAGCAUGAGGGCAGGGCUGGAAGCUACUUUCGGUUCUGCGAGAGGGAUGGGGUCGUGCAGAGGGCGCUGCCUCUGAAGUUUUGGUGCCUUAUCGGGGAGCGCGCGGCUCGUUUGCAUAAGCGGGUUGUUGACCUCGUUCGCUCGAGGGCCCGAGAUGACGGUUGCGGUUGUGGAGGAAGGGCGGAGGUCAACAGCGCCUGGGCAAGCGUCUAUGACGAGUUCGGCUGGGUUGCUGCUGUUCCGCUGAGCGAGUUGCUUGGAGCGGCCGAGCUGCUGGCUGAGCAGGAGGCGGCUAGUGUGGCGGAGGAGUGCGAUUGCAUGGGUGAUAGGGACUUGGGUCGGGCGGCUGUCAAGGAGGAGCUGGAGAAGUUUAAGAGGGAGGCAAAGAUCUGUGUUGAGUGCGUGCUGAUGGACGAGGGCUCUCAUUCGGUUGAGAACUCUGUUUACCACUGA